AUGAAAUCACUAUCGUGGGAAGAAAGGGGCAUACGUGCUGAUGGAAGAUUUCUUUCGAACCUUCGUUUCGCGGACGACAUCGUUCUCUUUUCGAGCAGUACCAAUGAAGCAGAAACGAUGCUCAACGAAUUGAACGAAGCAGGGAAGAGAAUAGGACUACGAAUAAACAGAAAGAAGACACAGUUCAUGAAUAACGCGCACUGCGAGGACGGAGGAGUACAACUUGAAGGCGCCCAAAUCGUGGAAACUCCGUCAUACGUAUACCUCGGACGUUCUAUGAACAUGGAAAACGACUUGAAGGAAGAACUGAAUAGAAGAGUGAGAGCAGCAUGGGCAGCAUUCGCAGCCGUCAGGGAAGCUACGGACCAACUGACGGACCAUGAUCUUCGUGCCCAUCUGUUCGACUCGACAGUCCUUCCAGCGCUCUGUUACGCAGCGGAGACGUGGGCAGACACCGCGGCCAUGUCUAGGAAGCUACUUACUACCCACAGAGCCCUUGAGAGAUGUCUCCGGAAGUUUAACCGGCGCACACAACGCCUUGCCGGUCUUCGUAGCUCCGACUUAAGAGGAAUGUCCCGUCUUCGCGACCCAGCGGAAUAUGUAUCGAAAACAAAACAUAGAUGUUCCGAUCACAUCAUGAAAAGAAUCGACGAUAGAUGGACUGAAAGAACGCUGGAGUGGUUCCCAAGGGACGCAAAACGCCUUCGAGGGAGACCGCCAACGAGAUGGGGUGACGUGUUCGCACAGAUGGACCAGCUGAGAGCUCAGGUGGAUACGGCUCAAGGACCUCGUCAACGUCACUCACGAAGCUUGAGAAAAUCUUGGAUGACAAUGCCAUCACGCGGCCAUUCAUUCAAACAGGAAGAUCGCGGAUCAACUAGGGCGAUAUCACAAAUGAAUGCAUCAACCACUAUCUAA